AUGCCCUUUUGUAAAGUGCAUGACAUAGUAGUAGCUGAUGAAGUGGGGCCCAAUGAGGUUGCUGACAUGGCACCACAAGUUACAGCUCGUCUCCUUGUCUCAUCUGAUCAAAUCGGAUGUGUUAUUGGAAAAGGUGGACAAGUAGUUCAAACUAUAAGGACAGAAACCAGUGCUCAGAUUCGUAUUAUGAAGGAUAAUCAUUUGCCUACUUGUGCAUUAAGCAAUGAUGAACUCAUACAAAUAUCUGGUGAAGCUUCUGUUGUUAGAAAAGCAUUAUUUUAA